AUGAUUCCGAGAUGGAAGACAAGACUUGACGGAGAGAUUGUGCGAGAUUUGGUCACCGGCAAAGGUAAAGCGUUUGUCUGGGGCCUCAUAAAAUGGUGUGGAAUCGGAACAUUCGCGUCUUACACCAAUGCUAUGAUUAAGUUUCUCCAAUCAAAGGUCUCGAUUGCUUUCCGAACGCGACUCACAAGGUAUAUACAUGACCUUUACCUCAAUGAUAACAUAAACUAUUACAAACUCUCCAAUCUUGAUGGUGGGGUUGGCGAAUCCGCAGACCAAUUCAUCACGCAGGACCUCACGCGAUUCUGCGCAGCCUCGGCGACGCUAUAUUCUUCGAUUGGGAAACCACUAGUGGACCUGUUCGUUUUCAACUAUCAACUCUAUCGUUCGCUUGGACCAUUAGCAUUGACAGGGAUUCUGAGCGGAUAUUUUGGUACAGCAACAAUACUUCGUCGUCUCUCUCCGCCAUUCGGAAAGUUGGCAGCUGUCGAAGGUAGAAAAGAGGGUGACUUUAGAGGCCUCCACUCCCGACUUUUGGCUAAUGCUGAGGAGGUGGCGUUCUACGGCGGAGCUGAAAUGGAACGUGUGUUCCUCACCAAAAGCUUUAAGGAUCUUCAACGAUGGAUGGAGGGUAUAUACAGCCUGAAAAUCCGAUAUAAUAUGCUUGAAGAUAUGAUUCUUAAGUAUUCUUGGUCCGCUUUUGGGUAUCUUAUCACGUCUCUCCCAAUAUUUCUACCUGCUUGGGGCGGUCUAGCUGGUGUUUCCGAAAUGACUCUCUUGUCUCCUGAAACUUAUGACAGGGAGAGAGAUCGCAUGAAAGAUUUCAUUACGAACAAGCGACUUAUGCUUUCUCUAGCGGAUGCUGGAGGUCGUAUGAUGUAUAGCAUUAAAGACCUUUCUGAGUUGGCAGGAUAUACUUCUCGUGUGUAUACGUUAAUAUCAACCCUCCACCGCGUACAAGCUAAUGCAUAUGCUUCGCGACGUGGUUCUCAUCCUGAACUGUACUCUCUCUCAGAUGUCCAAGGCACGAUUCACAGCGGGUUCGACGGAGUGCGCCUAGAGCAUGUACCUGUGGUAGCGCCGUCUCUCUUUCCUCAAGGAGGUGAUGAACUUAUCGAAUCAUUGUCAUUUAUAGUCCGCUCUGGCGAGCACCUUCUGAUUUCCGGCCCGAAUGGGGUGGGAAAAUCUGCCAUCGCUCGCAUUGUCGCAGGGCUCUGGCCAGUUUACCGUGGACUAGUUAGUCGGCCUAGGAGAUUUGGCGAAGAUGGCAUAAUGUUCCUCCCGCAGCGCCCAUACCUUAGCGGGGGCACGCUGCGUGACCAAGUCAUUUACCCCCACAGCGAAAUGGACAUGCGAGAAGAUGGGAAGAGUGAGGCGGAUUUACUUCGUGUGUUGAACGACGUUCACCUCGGAUACUUACCCGAUCGGGAGGGUGGUUGGGACUGUCGUAAGGAAUGGAAAGACGUCUUAAGUGGUGGUGAAAAGCAGCGCAUGGGCAUGGCAAGACUCCUGUACCACGAGCCUCGAUAUGCAUUCAUCGACGAAGCCACGUCUGCUGUCUCUUCUGAUGUUGAAGGCUUGCUCUAUGAACAAGCCAAGCAACGAGGGAUCACUCUGAUCACGAUCUCCACACGUGCUUCGCUGAAGAAGUACCAUACCUUUAAUCUUACCCUUGGCAUGGGACAGGAUGGCACCGAAUGGGAAUUCGACCGUAUCGGCACAGAAAAGGAGAAAAUGGGUGUAGAGAAGGAAAUACAAGAACUUCGGAAGCGGCUUGACCAGGUUGAGGGGUGGAAGGCUCGGAAAAUAGAAAUCGAUGACGAGCUGCGUAGGGUGUGGGUUCGUGAUGGCGAGGCUGAACGGGCUCUUCCUCCAUACCAGAAAGGCAACGAAGCCGGGGACGAGGCUGAGAAGCAAAACGACCAGAGGAGUCGUGAUACAGAUGCAGACCCGAAUGCGGAUUCAGAUGCAUAUGUGGAUGCCCAUGCAGAUACGGAUAGUCUGGGUGCACAAGCUGAGACCGCGGAGUAG